GAAAUUAUGGAGGGGUUUCUCAUAAAUCUGAUGUGUAUAGCUAUGGAAUGAUGGUGCUUGAAAUGGCUGGAGCAAGCAAGAACCAUGAAGUUGGAAGGGUCAAUAAGAGUGAAUCUCAUUUUACGGACUGGAUUUACGAGCAUCUCGAACGUGGUGAGGAUCUAGGAAUUGAAGGAGUGACUACUGAAGAGGAAGAAGUAACAUCAAGGAAAAUGGUUUUAGUGAGUUUGUGGUGCAUUCAGACUAAUCCAGCAGACAGACCAUCCAUGAGUAAUGUGGUAGAAAUGUUGGAAGGAAGCCUUCAAUCGUUACAAAUUCCUCCUAAGCCUAUCCUAUUUUCUCCGGCAAGGCAACCGGUAAACUUUUCAACCACGUUAUCAUCAACUUGGGAUGAAAAUAAAGAUCUUCAUUCAGCUGGACAAGAGUAUGAAUGACCCCAUUCGUCAGCAUUUUUCUCUGCAUUUUCUCUAUGUAAUUGA